AAAUACUAAGUGUGACUUUGUUUCCUUUUUUGUUUUUUUGGCUUCACUGCCUUCUGUUAACCCCACAGUUCACUUCUUAACAAACUAAACUCAAAGUUAUAAACCCACAGCUGUGAUCAGCCGCCGGAUCAGUGUAUCACACCAAGGAAACCUCAGAGCACUAUGGACAAAGACAGAAAGAUGAUGAUGUUUGGUCUGCUUUUGGCAGCCUUCGUCAGCCCUGUGAUUGCUGGAGAAUGGAGGGCCAGUGUUGUGAGAAGCCUUGAUGCUCUGGUUUCAUCCUGUGUUGUGAUUCCCUGUUCGUUCACCCAUCCUGAAGGAAACCUGCCUACCUCCAGACUCAGAGGGAUCUGGCAUAUUUCAAACCAAAGAGAUCAGUGCAUCUAUCACGAGGAUAACACGCUAGUUUUAGACAAUUUUAAGGGACGCACAAAGUUGUUGGGACAUCUGGGUCAGAGCAACUGCACCUUAGAAAUAAUUGAAAUCAAAGAUCAUGACAGCGGCCCUUUCUGUUUCCGGAUUGAACUUAGACCAAAAGAGACUGGUACACUGGAGAAGUUCUCUUUUGUCGAGCAAUGUGUCGAUCUGAAAAUGCUCCCUGAUCCUCCAAAACCCAAACUGACUCACCUAAAAUCUGCCGUUCAAGGACUCCCCUUCGUUCUCACCUGUACAGUCCUUCAUACCUGCCCCUCUCGGGCCCCUAAACUCACAUGGAGCAGGGGCACUGCAGAUGGGAUCACUGAGGUCAACAGAGAAAUCCAUGCAGGAAACUGGGAGAUGCAGUCCAUCCUAACGUUCAUUCCUGAAGACGAGGAUGAUCACAGUGAUGUCACCUGCACAUCCACUUUUAAUGGAGGCAGAACAUCAUCUAAAACACUGACACUCUAUGUAAAACGUACAGAAAACUACAACCACAUUAUCAUUCCCACUGUGGCUGCAAUUGGUACAGCUCUGAUCUUUGCGGUGUUCAUCAUUCUCAUUGUGAAAAAGUACAAGAGCCGCAUUGUAGAGCUGCAAUCUCAGGAAGGCAGUAUGUGGAACCGGCUCUCCAGACUGUCUCGCAGAGUCAGGACUGACGGUGGGAAGUGAGAAAAGGAACCUCAGAAAUAAGCUUUGAAUUUCCCUCAGGAACAACAAAGUAUCUAUCUAUCUAGCUAUCUAUCUAUCGAAGCACAACAGCUGUUGUCUUACUAUUGCAUUUAACAAUCAUUAAUCUUUUCAAGUAAAUGUAAAACUGCUUUGGCCACAAGGGGGACAAAACUAUAUAUACACAAUGUGUGUAUGAAUAGGCUUAAAGAUAUCCCUUUGGGCUUGUAUGUUACUGCACUAAUAGUCCUUCAUGUUUGCUUGCUUGUUUUAUUGAGAACACCCAAGUGUUUGUUUUUUACAUUACAGUUUUUCUCAGUCGCUUUGGUACAUUUCUCAGAUCAGAAUUUAAAUUCUCAAAACUACUUGUUCAAUCUUCACAUCAUUGUGUCACUUGUGCACAUUAAAAAAAGCAGUUUCUCAUUUCUUUGAACAAGUUGCAAAUGCUUUGGUACAUCCAUGCAAAUGAUUAUGUACAAUUCUCUGCUGUUUCCUACAUUAUCAAUUGCUUAUGUCAUGUUGAUCAAAAUGUAUUAUAAUGGGUCUCUGUUGAAUAGUCUCACCCCCCACAACAUUUAGGCAUUAGUUCAUCGCAUAAGUCUUUACAUGCAAAAUAGUUGAACAAGUUGUCAUAAUAUGUCAAGCUUAUUUCUAUACAUUUCCAUUAGACUUGUUUUCUAAAUCUGUCCUGAAUUGGUAAAUUGCUCCCAGGUGAAUCUUGACUUUCUCUAACGAAGGGAAGUGUGUGAAGCAUGUACAGUUUUCCCUAAGGAGAUUGUCCUAUGUUCACAUUUCUACUUUUGUUUUUUUGUUUUUUUCUUUGUGCUAUGCAGUGCUGUCUUUUCCUUUCUGUAUCGCAAUGACAUGGUCUGUCAACAAAUAACAGUACAAACAGUAAAAGUGUAAAUGUGAAUCUUGUCCAGGCUCUUGCAAUCAAUCUCCCACAUACACUAAGGUGUAACUUACAAUUUACAAUAAUUGUCAUCAGAACUUUAGCCAUAGUUUAUAUCAGAACACCCCUCCAGAGUACACUGUUAUAUUGACAUGACUAAGCAAUUUGACUGUCUUACCCGUACACAAUGACACAAGGACUUGUCAUUCUGAUGACACUGACAUGUUCAUUGACACAGAUAUUUACUUUUGAGAGAUGAACUAAGGAUUUUGAGCAAGAGACUGGCUUUUGCAGGUAGUCCAUGGUGUUUUGCUAUUUGUAAGAAUUGUUUUGAGAAAUGCACUUACUGUUUUGCAAAUGUCGAGGAUGAUUCGAGAAAUGUACCAAAGCGACUGAGAAAAACUGUAACUCCAAAUGUACUGACUUGUGAUGUCAGAGACAUUGUGUUUGGUUUCCUCAUUUUAUCAAUAAAGCCUUCAUUGCCACGA